AUGGGAUUACUCGAUAACUUUAAAGCAUUUGUUCAUUCAAUUACAACAGAUGAUCAUUAUGCAUCAUAUGAUUCACCAUAUAAAACAAAAAAUAAUGAUGAAUUAAAUGAUAAUCAAUCAAAUAAUCCUUAUGGAAAUGAAUCAAGUUUAAAUUUAAAUACAGAUUUAAAUGCAUCAACUCAUUCUUUAAAUAAUAAUUCAACAACAUCAUUUUAUAGACCAGGAAUGAAAUCUUCACAAAGUAAAAUUAAUAUAAUAACAAAUCAACAAGAUGUUCCAUUACAAAAUUUCGAUUCAAAUGGUUUACCACCAUUACCAUCAAUUGAUUCAUUAUGGGAUAGAAUUGAAACAUGGAUAGAAGAAGAAUAUCCAGAAUUAGAAGAUAAUUUAAAUGAUGGAGUUACAACAGCCGAUUUAAAUGAAUUUUUACAAGAUUUAAAAUGUGGUUCAAAUAAAUUACCAAAUGAGUUUAGACAAUUUUAUAAAAGACAUGAUGGACAAUUAAGAGGUGGAAAACCAACUGGUUUAAUUAUGGGAUUAGUAUUGUUGGAUUUAGAAUCUAUAAUUGAAGAAAAUAUUUUAUGGAAUAAAGUUGCAGAAAGAAUUGAAAAACAAUAUUAUAUGAUGCAACAUCAACAACAACAGAGAAAUUCAUCAGAUUUGGAUUCUAAAGAAGGAAAUAGUAGUAGUAGUCAUACCCACAAAUCACAACAUAAAAAUAAUUCAUUCAUAACGAAUCAAAGAUCAAUUCCUCCAAAUUCAAUACAACCAUAUUAUUAUCAUAAAAGUUGGAUUAUAUUAUUAAAAGAUAAUAUAGGAAAUCAAAUAGCAAUGGAUUUAAGUCCUGGUCCAAAUGGUAAAUGGGGACAGAUUAUAUUAUUUGGUAGAGAUUUUGAUACAAAAUUAGUUAUUUCAAAUUCUUUACAAGAAUUUAUAUUUGAAUUUGUAACUGAUUUAGAACAAGGUAAAUAUAUGAUUGAUUCAAGUGAAUUUCAAGAACAAUUAGGUUAUUUAUCUCAUGAUAGAGAUGGUGAUUAUAUAAUUGGAGAUGAAGAUGAAAAUCAAGGAGAAUUAAAUUUUUUUGAUAAAGAUGGUAAAGAAUUUGGAUUAGGAAAUUUAAAAGGAAGAAUUAAUUAUAUUGAAAUUUUAAAAAGAAGAGCAUUAAAAAAAUAUGGAUUAAAUGAUAAUUUUCAAACUAUUUAUCAAUCUCCGAAAUUUAAUAAUAAUUCAAAUAAUAUCAAGAAGCAACAACAACAACAAAUUUCAUCAUCAAAUUUAAAUUCUACAAGAAAUAGUCCUUAUCAAUCAAAAAACAAUUCUUCAAUUAAUUUAUCAAAUUCAAGUUUAAAUAAUAAUAAUCAUAACAAAAAAGUAAAUGGAUCAAGUCCUUUAAUUAAUGUUGAUAAUAAUUCAAAUUUUUCAAUACCGAAAGAAACUAUAAUUAAUAAAAAUAAUAAAGAGAAAAGUGAAUCUAAAGAGAAAACACAACCAGAAGAGAAAAUUGAACACACAGAGAAAACUGAACCAAAAUCUGUUAUUGUUGUAAAUGAAGAGGAAAAGAAAACUUCGGGCUCUGAUGAUAAGGAUAAAGGAUUAAAUGAAUUAACUGAAGAUUUAGAAGAUAUGAAAGUUGAUGAACCUGAAUUAAAAAAUGAAACUAAAGACAAAGUAAUAGAGGAGGAGGAUAAAGCAAAAGAAACAAAUAUCAAAUUAGACGAUGAGGAAGAAGUAGAAGAAAAACAACAGGAAGAAGAAGAAGAAGAAGAAGAAGAAACAGGAUUAGAAGAUGAACAAAACAAUAAAGAAGAGGAUUCAACAUCUGAUACCAAACCUUUAUCAAAAUCUCAAAAGAAAAAUCAAAAAAAGAAAGCUAAAAAGCAACAACAACAACAACAACAAAGCUAG